CUGUCUUUUGUAUACUACACUCACUGAACGGAAAGUCUCAGUCUCAUUCUCAAGCACAUUCUACCGAGGAAAUGCCCUUUCGUAAAGGCCUGCUGCCGCGUGAAGGCCUCACCGCCGACCCCAUCGGACGCUUCAUCAAGCGUACCGCCUUCAACCCACUCUUCACCCUCGCCUUCCUGCUCGCCGCCCGCUUCUCGAAGCGCGGCUCCGACUUCGCCUUCGACCAUCCGACCGCCCUCUCGCGACUCCGCAAGCUCUUCUACUACGGCGUCUUCCGAUGGGUCAGCUCGUACCUCGACGCUGGGGUCUUGAACAACUGGACAAACGAUCAGUAUGAUUGGAAUCGCGAAAUUGUGGUCGUUACCGGAGGAGCUGGUGGCAUUGGUGGACAAGUCGUGAAGCUCUUUGCGGAGAGGGGAACGAAGGUUGUGGUGCUGGAUGUCAUUCCUAUGACCUUUGAAGCAUCAUCCAAUGUGCGAUACUACAAGUGCGACAUCACUUCUCCCGCCACGAUCAAAAAGCUCGCCGACCAGAUUCGCGCGGAGGUGGGAGAGCCGACUGUGCUCAUCAACAACGCUGGCGUUGCGCGCGGUAAGAGCCUGCUCAACUCCACGGAGAAGGAUGUCCGGUUCACAUUCGAGGUCAACACUUUUGCGCACUACUGGCUGGCUCACGAAUUCCUCCCUUCAAUGGUCAAGAACAACCACGGCAUGAUCGUCACGGUCGCUUCGCUGGCUGCUUACCUCGCGGUGCCCAAUAUGGUCGACUACGCCUCGUCGAAAGCCGCGGCGCUAUCGUUCCACGAAGGAAUUACCGCGGAAUUGUCGACGCUAUACAACGCUCCGAAGGUGCGAACAGUUGUGGUCAACCAGGGGUACACCCGGACGCCUCUGUUCAAGGGCUACAACGGCGGGAGUCCUUUCCUGAUGCCCUCCCUCGAAGUCGACACGGUGGCCGAAGCGAUCGUGAAGAAGGUUUUGAGCGGAAGCAGUGGACAAGUCAUCGUUCCCGGCGCCGGAGCUGUUUCGACGUUGAUCCGUGCCAUGCCGCAUUGGUAUCAAGUUCGAGUUCGAUCGCAGGGAGUCAAGUUUAUGGAGAAAUGGGAUGGCAGACAGGUCAUUGAUGUGGAGAAGUGGAAGGGUGGGAAAGAUGCGGAGGAUGUUUCUGCGUCGACGGUCCUGGUGGACGCUGCGAAGGAGUGA